AUGAGUGGCCCGAGUGCCAACACGGCAGGAGUUCGCGUCACCAAUGGUUUGGUGAGCUUCAUGUACCUCAUGACGAGCUCUGUAGUGAUACUGACAUAUGCGGCCGGCAGCGGUCAUCCAGUUCAGACCCCCACUGGCCUUGCUGACGCAGACAGGGCAGGGCCCUGGGCUCUUGGGCUGCUGGCCGGCGCCAGCCUGGUGUCCAUGGUGGCGGUGGUGCUGGCCGACAAGGCCUGCUUUGUCUGCGAGGACAAGCAUCGGACUGUAUGGUCGGCCAAGAACGAGCAGGUGCAGCCGACACGGCUCCCCAAACGUUGCUGCGGCCGGCGAUAUCUGCUGAAGGCCUCCGCCGUACACAAGACCUGGCGGUUUAGGCACUGGCUGUCCAUGUUCAGCGCGCUCUACGACUCCUACACCUUUCACAAGCAGCUGAAGCGCUCCUUCGAGUCCCAGACCUCCGAGUGGAAGAACUUCGGGGCCAUCCUCUUGGUGGCCCUGGUCACAGCUGUGGUGGGCUUUUUGGCGCUUCUGAUGGACUUCUGGAGCCUGAGGCGGCCGGAGCUGGGGGACAGAAACUUCCGGCUCAGCACGCUGUUCAAGUGCAUCCUGCUCUACAUGAAGCUUCACGUGUUGAAGGUGCCCUCCAAGAUCUCCAUGCAUUUGGAUGCCUCGAUGCUGGAGCCGCACGUGAACUAUGGCCUCAAAGGCCGCAUCCCGAUCUGGGUGUGCGCCAGCCGCACCUUGUGCCCGGUCUACUGUACGGUCAAGUUGAAGGGCAAGUGCACCUAUGCCGGCCAGCCAGCCUACAGCGGCUGCUUCUGCGAAUACCUGUCUGUGGGUAUCCCCGGGGCGGUUAACAGGCUCAUGGUAUUUGCGAAUUGCCUUGUCUCAAUCCUGGUGAUUUCGAUGCUGGCGAAUUCCCGGAUGCGCACCCGGGGCAUUUUCUCGGACCGCGGCGUUUUCUCCGCCGAGAUGUCCUUGAGGGCGCUGGGCUGCGUUUCCGUGCUGCCCACCGUCCUGCUGUCGAUGAACACUGUCUACCUCUCCGUCCCUGAGCUGGCGCAGCUGCACGUGUACUCUGCCACGGACUUUCUAGUUCUCACGGUGCCAGCUCUGCUCUUCAUCCUCUUGGCCAACGAGAUGGCCAGGCAUGUGGAGACUGGCUGCAAGGUGAGGAAAUUGAUGCAAGGGGAGUGGAUCGCGGUGUGCCCUCGCACCCGGCAGGUGCUGGACGCUGCGGAGGGCCUGGAGCACCUGCCGGGUGUGCAGCUGGAAGCCGUGGACGGGGCCUCGCUGAGUGAAGGUGUCAUUGCAGGCCCUGCGACACUGCUGGUCAAAGAGAGGCCGAGGUAUGGAUCUAUUUGGGUGUCCUCGGGCUUCAAGGCCUAUGUGCCUCUGGCGCACAUCUCCACGGCCGCCGCCAUAUGGCUGGUGUGGCCGCGCUUGCUGCAGCCCAUCAUUCUUGCUGACGUGGUGAUCCUGCUUUUGCUCUCCUUGGCGAGCGCCGUGUUGACGAUGUUGGGUCAAGCUGCAAUAUCCGCGGACUUGAUUCGCUUGAUUUAUCAGCUGGGGACAAGCAGGCUGAGGCAGCUGUGGGCGCAAGGGGUUGCGGCCUUCCUCAAGGGCAAGGGCCUGCAGCCAAGAUGCCAGCACGACGACACGGAUCCCGAACUCGCAUGUGGAGCUGCAGCUCGCUUGAUCCUCCAAGUUCUGAGCGACAGGACUUCCAAGACGUGCCGUCAGCCGGAGACGCGGCUUGAGUCCGGCGAGCUGCGGAAGACGGAGCUGGGGGGCGUCUUCGGGGAGGUGGACCAACUCCUGUGCGCCCUGGUCUCUGCCGUCGAUGGCUUGCGGGAGAGCGCACAAAGCAUCCGCAAGAGUGAGCUGCGUCGGCAGGUCCACGAGAUUGAUCGGCAGGCCCAGGACUGGGUUGGCAAGGUUGAGAAGGAUGCUGUUGAGAGCCUCACCGGCUACCGCGACGGAAUGGACACGAUGAUGGAGGUGCACGUGGUUGGGCUCAGCCAUCACAGUGCCCCAGUGGAGGUGCGCGAGAAGCUCGCGGUGGCCCAAGCAGAGUGGAAUGCCUAUGCUCAGGAAUUGGUGGACUUCGCCAGGACGAAGAACGGUUACUUGGUGCCAGAAGUGGCAGUUUUGUCCACGUGCAACCGCUUCGAGCUCUACUUCGCCUCCCCGGAGCUGAAGAAGUUCGCCGCCCUGGAGGCGGUGAAAGCUUUCCUCAGCCACAAGUCGGGCCUGUCUCGCGAGGAGCUGGAGCCGUACCUCUUCAGCCACAACGGGGAGUCUGCUUGCUUGCACCUCUUCGAGGUGAGCAGUGGGCUGGACUCCUUGGUGCUGGGGGAGGCCCAGAUCCUGUCGCAGGUGAAGGCCUGUCACGAGCAUGCCAUCCAGAGGCAGGAGGGCGAGCAGCUGGAAGGGUGCGGCGGAAAGAUCGUGGCCAAGAUGCUGAAUGCAGCGAUCCGCAUGGGCAAGAUGGUCCGCACUCGCACGAAGAUUGGCAAGGGAUCGGUGUCUGUGUCCAGUGCUGCUGUGGAGCUGAUGAUGUCGAGGGCGAUGCAGGAUCUGCGGAAGCCGGCGAGCAAGCUCCACGUGUGCAUCAUUGGUGCAGGCAAGAUGUCAAGGCUUUUGCUCUUGGCGCUCUUCAGCAAGCACCCAGACAUCAAGGUGACUCUGGUGAACCGAUCUGUGGACAAGGCCCAGGAGGUGCUGGAUGAUGAGAUGGUGAAGAACCGCGGUGGCGUCAACGCCACGGUGGCGCCACUGGAUCAGAUGUUCGAUGUGAUGCGCGAGAGCGAUGUAACCUUCACGGCAACUGGCAGCAAGGUGCCCAUCAUCUAUGCAAAGGAUCUGCAGAACUUAGAGAAGAACCUCAUGCUGGUGGACAUCUCUGUGCCGUUGAACGUGGCCUCGGAUUGCACGGAGGCCCAACGAGUCACUUCCUACUCCGUGGAUGACCUCAAGAAGGUGGUCGAGGCGAAUGCCUCAAAGCGGCAAGCAGAAGUCGAGAAGGCGAAGAAGCUAAUUGCGGAGGAGGUUAGGAAGUUCAAGUGCUGGCAGGCCUCCCAGGGAGCCGUGCCCUACCUCGCAGCGCUGCAGGCCAUGGCUGAGAGGAUCCGCCGAGAGGAGUAUGCAAAGAUGGAGCACAAGCUUCAGGGCCUGCAGGACAAGGAGAAGGAGGCCUUGGACAAGCUGACAAGGCACAUUGUCGACCAGCUGUUCCGCCCUGUCUACUAUUCCAUGAAGGAAGAGGAGAAGCUGUCCGAGAAGCGCAGCAAGAUCCUGGCUCUCAAGAACAUUUUUAGGCUGGAGCCCUUGUACAAGCGCGGACUCUUGACCAGCCCACAGGCAGCUCAGCUCAACGCAUGAGGCUGCAGCACUUGGGAAAAGCAAGCAGAGGCAUGCACAGCUCGUUGGGCUGAGACAUCCAUGUGCGACAUUGAGGAAUGCAGCCCCCGGACGGGGAAUUUCCUUUUUUUAAGGGCCGUGAGAGGCUGCCACUCGGGCUAGCGCAGCUCUGGAC